UUCAUUGCUGUAAAGAUCUCCAAACUUAGCUCGUUUUGUCAAAGGAAGACUAACUGGAAUGUAGAAUCCUGGAACCAGUGAUUACCCAUUUCCAUUAAAAGCCCCUUUGUCCGGGGAAUUGUGGAGCAGAGGGGCUCGUAAAUCUUCCUUUAUUCCUUAGACCUCACAAGUUACAGCGUUCCAAAAGGUUUGGGCUACCUGACCAUUAUGGCACCAAGAAACCUCUUGUAUAUGAGAAGUAACUUUCUUUUUGGUUCAAGAUGUUGGAUGAUCCGAUUUUCAGCAGAAAUCCUCUUUAAAUCAGUUUCAUUUAGGCUUUUCAGUAUGAAAUGUGAUAAUGCAGACAGUGAACCUUUGGAAAAUGAAGAACUGCUGAAUAACUUACUUACUAUGGGAGUAGAUGUUGACAUGGCAAGGAAACGACAGCCUGGAGUUUUUAAUAGGACAGGUACUAAUGAGCAGAACCUGAAGACAUUCCUUCUGUCUAAAGGAGCUAGCAAAGAAGUGAUUGCUAGCAUCAUAUCAAGAUAUCCACGAGCCAUGACACGCACACCUGAAAGUCUUUCAAAUCGGUGGGAUCUGUGGAGAAGAAUUGUGACAUCAGACCUUGAAAUUGUAGCUAUUUUGGAACGUUCUCCUGAAUCUUUUUUUCGGUCCAGUAACAACCUAAACUUAGAGAAAAAUAUGGAGUUCCUCUACUCAGUUGGAUUGACCCGUAAAUGCCUUUGUCGAUUGUUGACCAAUGCCCCGCGUACCUUCUCCAAUAGUCUUGAUCUGAAUAAACAGAUGGUUGAAUUUUUGCAAGGAGUCUCUUUGUCUUUGGGUCACAAUGAUCCCACAGGUUUUGUCAAGAAGAUAGUUUUUAAAAACCCUUUCAUCUUAAUUCAGAGCACCAAACGGGUAAAAACUAAUAUUGAAUUUUUACAGUCAGCUUUCAACUUGAACAAUGAGCAGGUGCUUGUUUUGAUAUGUGGUCCAGGAGCUAAAAUCCUAGACCUUUCCAAUGAUUGUAUGAGAAGAAACUACACAAAUAUCAAAGAAAGACUGUUCUCUCUUGGGUGUACUGCAGAAGAGAUACGGAAGUUUGUUUUAAGCUGUCCAGAUGUGAUCUUCUUGGGACAGAAAAAGUUUAGUGAUAAAAUAGACUGCCUCAUAGAAGAAAAAAUUAGCAUUUCACAAAUAAUUGAAAAUCCUCAGAUUUUGGAUUCAAGCAUAAGCACUUUAAAAAGUCGAAUCAAAGAAUUGGUAAAUGCUGGCUAUAACUUGAGUACAUCAAACAUCAGUCUUCUGUCUUGGAGUCAAAAAAGAUAUAAUGCUAAAUUGAAAAAGUUAAACACUGGACAGAAUGUUGUUCUGGGGAAUUAAGCAAAAGUCAGUCUUAUAAUGUAGUGACAUAAUUUCAUUUUGAAUUUGGACCUUUCAAAAAGGAGGUUUGUUUUCUUAACCACAUAUAGGUAUAUAAUGUUUCUUUGGAUAUUUUAGUUUAAAGGUUCAUAAAAACUCAUGGUCAUUAUGCCCUAGUAUAGUCUUCCCAGCUACCUUUUCUGUAGUUUGAAUUAGUACAACACCCAAUUUUAUGAUGUAGGCUGUGGCUUUUGUAUGAAUGGUAGUUUCUGAGUGCUAUGGCAGAACAAUGUGUAAAAAGAAAGGACAAAAUAAGCUUUUUUGGUUUCUGUUCAGAUUUGAAAAUUGACAGAUUCAUUUAGAUAGUUCUAUUUCCUAUCAUGGUUUUGAAUGGCAACCUAUUUCUCCUAUUAUUCCAUGUAUCUAAUUAUGGUUCAUCUUCAAAAUAGAAUGUCAGUAAAAAUAUGACAACAAAAAGGAGGAAUUUUUCAUCCCAAAUUCUAUGUACUCUGUUUAAACCAUUAGUAUGCCCCACCACUCCUCCAGUUUAGGCUCAAUUUAGUAUGGGUAUAUCCUGAUUUCUUUGAAGAUAAGGGCAACUGUGAUAGGCAAAAUAAUGGUUACCCAAAGAUAUCAAUGUCUUAAUUCCCAGAACCUGUGGAUAUGUUUCGUUACAUUAUAAAAGGACUUUGCAGGGCUUCCCUGGUGGCGCAGUGGUUGAGAGUCUGCCUGCCAGUGCAGGGGACAUGGGUUCGAGCCCUGGUCUGGGAAGAUCCCACAUGCCGCGGAGCAGCUGGGCCCGUGAGCCACAAUUACUGAGCCUGCACGUCUGGAGCCUGUGCUCCGCAACAAGAGAGGCCGCGAUAGUGAGAGGCCCGCGCACCGCAGUGAAGAGUGGCCCCCGAUCGCCGCAACUAGAGAAAGCCCUCGUGCAGAAACGAAGACCCAACACAGCUAAAAAUAAAUAAAUAAAUAAAUAAAUAAAUAAAUAAAUAAAUAAAAAGGACUUUGCAGAUGUGAUUAAGUUAAGGACCUUAAGUUGAGGUCCUGAGUUGGGGAGGUUAUCCUGGAUUAUCUGGGUGGGCCCAGUUAUAAUCAUAAGGGUCCUUAAAAGUGGAAGAGGGAGGUAAAAGAAGAGGUCAGAGUGAUGCAAUGUAAGAAGGACUUGACCCACUUUUACUGGCUUUGAAGGAGGAAGGGGACAUCAACCAAGGAAUGCAGGUAGCCUCUAGAAAAUGGAAAAGGCAAGGAAGCAUUCCUCCCUAGUGCCUCAGAAAGGAACGCAGCCGUGCUGAGAGCUUGAAUUUAGCCCAUGAGACCCAUGUCAAACUUCAGACCUACAGAACCAAAAGAUAAUAAACUGGUGUUGUUUUAAGCCACUGAGUUUGUGAUAAUUUGUUACAGCAGCAAACAGACUAAUAUAACAACUAAAUAGAUUAGUUGCAUUUUAGGUGAAGAAGUGUACCUUUAGUAUAGUAUCUGUAUUUCUUCCUCUUAUACUUUUUUUAUCCAUGUAUCUUUCUGGAAUGGCUAAUAAGUUAGUGUUUGUAGAUUCCUCUAAAUGUAUGGAUAAAAAACUAAAUGUAAGUAAUAAAAUCUAAAUAAAGGAAUACUUUUGCCUAAUGAGUGUAAAGAAAUAAUGAUGGUUUCUGUAUAUUUAUAUUUUGUUGGUGUUUCUAUUAAUACAAAGAACCAAGAAUUUUUAGAGGCAUUGACUUAAAAAAUGACAAACAGAUGACAUCUGUAUCUUCAAGACAUUCACAGUCUAGCUCUCACAUAAACUGAAAGAGAAGGAACAAAUUAUAUGACCUUAAUUACUUUUAAUUGCUUUCCAGAGACAUUUGUUUUCUAGAUGUGGAUUUUGAAUUAAGUAACAAUGACGCUAACCUUUUAAGCCUUUUUUUUUUCUUUUAUUGAAGUAUAUAUAGUUGAUUUAUAGUAUUAUGUUUCAGGUGUCCAGCAUAGUGAUUCAGUAUUAUUUUUGCAGAUUAUACUCCAUUAUAGGUAUAUAUAAGAUAGGUACAUACACACCGCCCCCAAGAUAAUGGGUAUAAUUCCCUGUGUUAAGCCUUGUUUCUUAUCAUUGAUGCCUCAAAAAAACUUAUUCCCACCAGUGAUAGAAACCAAAUGCCUGUUUUUUCAAGGCCAUUUGUAUGUCAAUGAUCUCUCAUAUAAAUAUUUCCAAUAAACUAUUUGAUGGCAAACAUGGCAUAAUUUAGAAAGCAUGGACUGUAUAGAGACAUUUCUUUAGAGUAGUAUAUCUGGGUACUAUUCCUGACCAGCUCUGUAACUUUGUGUAAAUAUUUUAAUUUUACUGAACUUGUUUUCUUAUCUAUAAGAUGAAAAAUUGACCUCACAGAGUUGUUAAGAAUCAGAUGAUAUAGGGUCUCUAAGGUUUCUUGCACAUAGUAACUUUUCAAUGGUAGCCAUAAUAAAUACAGUAGUAUUUUUAACAACAGCUUUAUCAAUGUAUAAUUCAUAUACCAUACAAUUCAAUUUAAAGUAUGCAAUUCAAUUUUUAAAAAUACUCAUAGCGCUGUGUAAUAAUCACCACAAUCUAACUUUAAAAUGUGUUUGUGCCCUUUAAAAGAAACCCUUUACCCAUUAGCAGUCAAUCUCUGUUAUCCCCCUCCUACUUUCCUAGCCCUAAGCAACCACUGAUCUACUUUCUCUCUAUAAGAUUGCCUAUUCUGAAUGUUUCAUAUAAAUGGAAUCAUACAAUUUGUGGUCUUUUGUGACUGGCUUCUUUCUCUUAGCAUA